CACGUGAGAGUGCGGCGGAAACAUCUCCCUUAGUUAUCUUUUCCCAGCCUAAUCUCCAGUUCACUCCUAACACUGAACAUUAAUCCCCUCAUCUCAGACAGUUCCUUUCUUCUCAAUCAAGACCACUUCUUUAUUUAAUUUUAGAACUUGCAGUCUGGCCCUCGUGACUGAACCAAAAAUUGAAGGUGACUUGAAAGACCCUCAUUUGCGCUAUUUCUAUUCUCAGCUACGCCCAGGAAGAACGGGAGUUCCCUUGAAUAUAUCGGCAAGAUGUCCGGUUUAGAUGUUGAAGCCCUUCUCGAGUCGACCGCUGCUCCCUCCGCUCAAGACACACCCCAAUCCCAAGAUCGCGAUGGCCACUCGAAAGCCGACCCCAGCGAGCGCCGUGACCGUGAUCGCUCGCGCGAGAAAGAGCGUAGGCGACGAAACAGAAGCCGUGACCGCCGCCGCGAACGUGAUGCCGAUGGAGAUGAAGAAAUGAAAAGUCCGAGAAGCGAACACGGCAGUGCUAACGGAAGCCAUAGAAGCAGAAAGAGGAGCAGGAGCCGCGCUCGCCGGGACCGUUAUGGGGAGGACUACCGAUCCGGCGGCGACUUUUAUCGUGGUGGUGGCCGAGCUCGCUCUCGCUCUCGGUCCCCCUAUGAUGAUCGCUACUACCGUCCCUCGGGACGGUCUCGUCGUGACGAGCGAGACGAGGACAGACGCCCCCGCCGCGAACGUAAACGUAGCCCCAGUCAGGAGCGCACCAAGACCCCGGAGCCAAAUGAAGAUGAACGCGAUCGGCGUACCAUCUUUGUCCAGCAGCUUGCAGCGCGGUUGAGAACCAAAGAAUUGAUCGCCUUCUUUGAAAAGGUCGGACCCGUGAAGGAAGCACAGAUUGUCAAGGACCGAGUUAGCGGGAGGUCCAAAGGUGUUGGCUACGUUGAAUUCAGAAGCGAAGAAUCAGUCCCUCUUGGGAUUCAGCUUACAGGGCAGAAGCUUCUAGGAAUCCCAAUAAUCGCACAGCUGACCGAAGCUGAGAAGAACCGACAAGCCCGCAACCCGGCGGAGGCAUCCAGUGCAAGCAAUACCUCGGCGCCGUUUCACAGGUUGUACGUGGGUAACAUCCAUUUCAGUAUUACUGAGAGUGAUAUCCAGAAUGUUUUUGAGCCAUUUGGCGAACUUGAAUUCGUUCAGCUCCAGAAGGAUGAGACUGGACGAAGCAGGGGUUAUGGCUUUGUGCAGUUCCGUGAUCCUAAUCAGGCUCGAGAUGCGUUGGAAAAGAUGAACGGUUUCGAUCUUGCUGGUCGAGCGAUCCGCGUUGGCCUUGGCAACGAUAAGUUCACCACCUCGGACUCGGGUGCACGUAGUCAGAGGGAAUCAGCAAGCCAACAUAACUUCCAGGGCUCGCUCUUCUCCGGCCACGGUGGACGUGGUGUGCAGGCUGGUGGGAACAACAAUUUCGACCGGGCCGGUGCCAGAGAUACCGAAAAGGGCGCUGGUGCGAGCGCUUUGGAUGAUACAGAUGUUGCCGGCGUUAAUUUCAGCAACUAUAGUAGGGACGCCUUGAUGCGCAAACUCGCGAGAACCGAUGAACCGGCUGAGCCGGCGGCCGAUGAAAAGCAGAAGAUUCUUCGACCCAAGGCCGAAACGAAGCCGCUACCUGUCAACGUCAACAUGGCUAGCCGAUGUGUUUUGCUUCGCAACAUGUUCGACCCUUCUGAUGAAGAGGGCGAAGAGUGGAUCAAGGAGUUGGAGGAUGACGUCCGCGCCGAGUGCGAAGAAAAAUAUGGCCAUGUUGUUCACAUUGCUCUAGAUCCCAACUCUCAAGGCGACAUCUACCUGAAAUUUGACCGAGUUCAGGGCGGCGAAAACGCUAUCAAGGGUCUCAACGGCCGUUUCUUCGGCGGUAAACAGAUCACUGCACAGCCCGUCGUCGAUGCUGUCUACAGCAGUCUGUUCUCUCGCACCAAGGCCAUCUGAAAAAACCAAAAGUCGCCUCGUGUUCCAUCUUCGCCCGGAAUUCCUUUUUUUUUUUUGGUAGGUAUUCAAUCUAAUUGUCGUUAUUAGGCACAAUCACGAUGGCAGAACCACACGCGCUCUUUGGCUGGGUGGUAGAGACGACCCUGCCCUUGGUAGGUGCCUGCUUCUUUUUUUCUUCGUCCAAAUACUUUGCUAUCCAUGGUUUUCAAAUUCAGGCCGAUCGGCUGCGUCUCAGAUGAUAUGUUUAUAGGAGCCCUUCUGUCAGUACUUCAAUGCAAUAAUACUCUUCUAGAGCCAUCUCGUUCGCUCUGGCGUAGUCUCUGUAGUGUAGAAGAAUAGCGCCUUGGCUUGUAGAAUCAAUUCCACAGAUUCUAAUAAUUUGACGGGCUUCUUGUGUCUCGUUUGCUAAUCG